AAACAACGAAACUAAUUAAAAGAUUCUGCGUUCAAAACAAUAACAACAUUGUUGCGAUUUCGUUGGGGGCGUGGCCGCAACAACACCGCUCCAGUGCAACAACAACGCAGCACGCGGAGAGCAGAAGAAGAAGAGCGGGAGCAGGAAAAUCCAGGGAAAUCCCAGAAAAAUCAAAAAAUGAAGAGCAACGUUAAUCAGGGCGGUUACGCUCCGCCCGGAUUUGGAUCCGGAUUCCAGCCAAAUGCUCCGCCCGCCGAGCCAGCGGGAUUUGGAUAUCCUCCCCCGCCGACGAGUGGCAUCCACACGGCCCCCUAUCCCCCGGCCCCCGGUCAACAGCAACCGCCGCCGCCCAUGAAUUACGGCUUUUCGCCAGGUCCCCAGCAAGCCGGUUACGCGCCAGUUCCCCAGAUGCCGCCCUACGGAGAGACCCCGCCCUAUGGAGCCGGACAACCACCUUAUGUGGGUGGUGGAGGUGGUCAGCCACCUUAUGGAGGUGGUCAACCCCCUUAUGGAGGUGGCGGUGGCGGAGGACCACCGCCCCAGGCCUUUGGAGGAUAUCCCCCGGGACCGGCAGGACCAGGAGGACCUCCACAGGCAUUCGGAGGAUAUCCGCCGGGACCGGCGGGUCCAGGACAUGCAUUCGGCGGAUAUCCACCGGGACAGCCCCAACAGCCCAUUAUCACGCAGCCGGGAAUGGGUCCCGGAAUGGGCCCGGGAAUGCCCCCUGCUCAAGGCGGACCAGCAGGAGACUGGAUGAGUAUACCUACCGGAAUUCCGAACUGUCCGCGCGGAUUGGAGUACCUUACGACUAUCGACCAGCUUUUAGUUAAGCAGAAGGUCGAGCUCCUCGAGGCCUUCACCGGUUUCGAGACCAAUAACAAGUUUACGAUCAAGAACGCCCUGGGUCAGAAGGUCUAUUUCGCGGCGGAGGACAACGACUGCUGCACGCGCAAUUGCUGCGGACCCUCGCGUCCCUUCGACAUGCGGGUCUUCGACAACUUCCAGCAGGAGGUGAUCCACAUGCACCGUCCGCUGGCCUGCUCCUCGUGUCUGUUCCCCUGCUGUCUGCAGAGCAUCGAAGUGUCGGCGCCACCGGGCAAUGUCAUCGGCACCAUCGAGCAGGAGUGGUCCAUCUGCUCGCCCUCCUUCCGAAUCCUCAACCACCUGGGCGACACGGUGAUGCGCAUCGAAGGACCCUUCUGCACCUUUUCGCUCUGCGGCGACGUGGAGUUCAAUGUUGUAUCGCUCACGGGCGAGAAGGUCGGCAAAAUUUCGAAGCAGUGGUCGGGUCUGGCAAGAGAAAUUUUCACGGACGCCGACUUCUUCGGCAUCAGUUUUCCAUUGGACUUGGAUGUGCGCAUGAAGGCCGUUCUCCUGGGCGCCACCUUCCUGAUUGAUGCCAUGUUCUUUGAGAAGUCCGGAAACCAGGAAACCGACAGACCCGGCAUGCUAUAGGAAUCAGGCGGUGGCUUGUUCUGCGAUUGUUUAUGCGAGGCGGCCGAUUGUUGUACUGACUGCAAUUGCGACGAUUAAAUGUUGUACAUUAUUUUGAGUUGCCGCCUUAUCCAAAUAUCUUCCCUGUGAACUGUCGCGUACUAGUCUUCUGUACCAAAUGCUUAUUGAUGAAAACGGAAUUGUAGUAAAGGAACCCCCUGUGAAACAAACUGAAUAUGAAACCCCUUAAACUCAGGCUUCCUUCGAGAGGACAUUGCCAGGAUAUGAAGUUAACUUUAAGUUAUGAAGCAUUUUUUGAUAUUUCGCCUCAUCAACGACUUGUAUUCAACGACAAAUCUGCUUCAUUCAUGAAUUUAUAACAAUGCACACUGAAGCAAAAACUAACUAACGAACUAAUCGUUACUAAACCAUGUACUUUAAACUGUAUUUUUGAGUGUCUUAUGUAUAGAAAGAUAUAAAUACCAAUGUUUAUUGUUAAGCUGUCAGGAAAUUUAUAUAUACCCCUACCGAUAUUGCAGAAGAAAGUUUUGUUUCCUCUUUAUGUAUUAUUAUAAUGGUUAAAUAAAUCAUAAACAAAAAU